AUGCAAAGCAAUCAAUAAAACUAAAAUAUGCAAGCUUUUACAAAUGACAAUUCAUUGCAAUUUAACAAUCCUAAAGUUAAUUUAGUUAAUAAAAAUUAAUAACAAAUAUUAGCAUCACAAGUCUAAAAUCAUAAUAAUCCUGUUAUUCCAUAAGUAUUUCACUUUAUGGGAUAAAAUUCUAUUUAAUAAUAAUAAAUCCGAUAAAAUAUACAAUAACAACCUUUUUUUAACAUUGAAAAUUAUGAUUUACUCACAAUUUCUGGAAUUGAGUAUAGAAAAAUGAGACUAUUAGGUAAAGGUACUUUUGGUAGUGUUUAUCAGAUUUACAAUGAAUAGAAUAAUUAAUUUUAUGCUUUGAAGAUAUAGUCAUCCAUUUUGAAAACUGAAGAAGAAAUUUUACUAAAGCUAAAAAAUAAAAUCUUUAAAAAUUUAGUAAACACAAUAGAAUUUGAAAAACAUAAUGAAACUGGAGAAUAUUUUGUCCUUAUGGAGUUUUGUGAAAAAAGCUUAUAAAAUGAAAUAGAUUUAAAUCUAAUUAAUUAUUAAGAAGCUAGAUAUAUGAUUAAAUAAAUUGCGAAUGGAAUUAAGGAACUUCAUAAUGAGAAAAUUAUUCACAGAGAUUUAAAGCCAGAAAACAUACUAGUUUUUUAAAAAAUAGACUAAACUACUAAAUUGAAAUAAAAAAUUUAUAAAAUAUGCGAUUUUGGUUUAUCAAGUGAUAGAAAUUUAGCAAUAACCUAAUAAUGUGGAACAGCUCACUAUAUGGCUCCAGAGCAAAUUAAGCUUUAAAAUUAAGAAGGAUAUAAUGAUUCAGUUGAUAUUUGGGCUUUUGGCACAGUUAUUUUUGAAAUAUUUUCUAGAUAAGUCAUGUUCAUGGAAAAAAACAAAUAAGAAAUUUACAAAUCUAUUCUCAAUAUUAAAUAAGAAGAGAUAGAUAAAAAAAUAGAAAAUGCUUUAUCUAUGCUUAACGAAAAAUACAUUUAACUAGUUAAAGGUAUGGUUCGUAUUGACCCUUCAAGUCGAAUGAAAAUUAAUGAAAUUUUAGAAGUUUUAUAAAGAUAAGACGUUUUUAAAACAGUUUUAAAUGUAAAUAAAAAAAAUAUAUUUCAAGAAAUAAUAAAUGAAACAAAGAAGUAAUUCAGAAGGAAACAUGAGACAAAAUAAUGAUCAACUUUAAAACCAGAUAUAAAAUGAACACUUUUUAUAGUAAUAAUAACAUUAGGAUUUCAUUUCAAAAAAGAAUACAUUAAAAAUUGAAGAGUAAAAGCCAAUUUAAUAGUUUAUAUAAAUUACUAAAAAUCGAUAACAAUAAUAAAACAUUUAGAACUCUUAAGAGGUAAACCCCAAUUAAUAUGUUUAAUAAAAUCAUUAUAAUAUUUAGUAAUAAUAAAACAAUUUUAGAACUCAAGAGGAAAAACAAAAUUAAUAUCCUUAAUAAAUUCAUUAAAAUAUUUAGAAAUAAUAAAAUGUUUUUAGAACUCAGGAGGAAAAAAAAAAUUAAUAGCCUUAAUAAAUUCAUUAAAAUAAUUAGCAAUAACAAAAUGUUUUUAAAAUUCAGGAGGAAAAACCAAAUUAAUAGCCUUAAUAAAUUCAUUAAAAUAUUUAGCAAUAAUAAAAUGUCUUUAAAACUCAAGAGGAAAAACCAAAUUAAUUGCCUUAAUAAAUUCAAUUAAAAUUAUAAUAAUAAAAAAAUGUUUUUAGAACUCAAGAAGAAAAACCAAAUUAAUAAUUUUAAUAAAUUCACUAUAAUAUUUAGUAAUAAUAAAACAAUUUAAGAAAUUAAGAUGAAAAACCAAAUUAAUAGCCUUAAUACAUUCAUUAAAAUAUUUAGGAAUAAUAAAAUGUUUUUAAAACUCAAGAGGAAAAACCAAAUUAAUUGCCUUAAUAAAUUCCUUAAAGUCACUAACAAUAAUUAAACGUUUAUAAUUCUCAAGAGGAUAAAACAAAUUAAUAAUUUUAAUAAAUUCAUUAUAAUAUUUAGCAAUAAUAAAGUGUUUUUAAAACUCAAGAGGAAAGACCAAAUUAAUUGCCUUAAUAAAUUCCUUAAAGUCACUAACAAUAAUUAAACGUUUAUAAUUCUCAAGAGGAUAAAACAAAUUAAUAAUUUUAAUAAAUUCAUUAUAAUAUUUAGCAAUAAUAAAGUGUUUUUAAAACUCAAGAGGAAAGACCAAAUUAAUUGCCUUAAUAAAUUCCUUAAAGUCACUAACAAUAAUUAAACGUUUAUAAUUCUCAAGAGGAUAAAACAAAUUAAUAAUUUUAAUAAAUUCAUUAUAAUAUUUAGCAAUAAUAAAGUGUUUUUAAAACUCAAGAGGAAAGACCAAAUUAAUUGCCUUAAUAAAUUCCUUAAAGUCACUAACAAUAAUUAAACGUUUAUAAUUCUCAAGAGGAUAAAACAAAUUAAUAAUUUUAAUAAAUUCAUUAUAAUAUUUAGCAAUAAUAAAGUGUUUUUAAAACUCAAGAGGAAAGACCAAAUUAAUUGCCUUAAUAAAUUCCUUAAAGUCACUAACAAUAAUUAAACGUUUAUAAUUCUCAAGAGGAUAAAACAAAUUAAUAAUUUUAAUAAAUUCAUUAUAAUAUUUAGCAAUAAUAAAGUGUUUUUAAAACUCAAGAGGAAAGACCAAAUUAAUUGCCUUAAUAAAUUCCUUAAAGUCACUAACAAUAAUUAAACGUUUAUAAUUCUCAAGAGGAUAAAACAAAUUAAUAAUUUUAAUAAAUUCAUUAUAAUAUUUAGCAAUAAUAAAGUGUUUUUAAAACUCAAGAGGAAAGACCAAAUUAAUUGCCUUAAUAAAUUCCUUAAAAUCACUAAAAAUAAUAAAACAUUAAGAAAUCUUAAGAGGAUAAACCUAAUUAAUAAUUUUUAUAAAUUCAUUAAAAUAUUUAGUAAUAUUAAAACAAUUUUAGAAAUUAAGAGGAUAAGCCAUAUUAAUAGUUUAUAUAAAACCAAUAAAAUUAAAUCUAAUAAUUAAAUAUUUAUAGUUCCGAAGAUGAAAUGUAAACUAAUAAGCUUUUAAAAAUUCCAUAAAAUUAAAGCCCUAAUUAUUAAAAUUCGUAAACUGAAGAGGAAAAACUUUAAAAAUAACCUUAAUAAAUUUCUCAUAUUUAAUAAUAAUAGUUAAACAUUUUAAAUUUUUAAGAAGAAAACCAAAAUAAAUAAUUUUAGUAAAUCCCUUAAAAUUAACUGUUUUAAUAAAACACUUUAAAUCUUAAAGAGGAAAAACCAAAUUAACAAUUUUAUUAAUUUCCUUAAAACCAACUGAAUUAAUAAAACAUUUUUAAUACUGAAGCUGAAAAGCAUAGUUAAUAAUUUUAAUAGUCUCCUUAAAAUAUAUAACAAUAAUAAAACAUUUAGUAAAACAUUUCUAGAACUUAUGAGGAUAAGAUAAAUUAAUAGUUUUUAUUAAACCAAUAAAAUUAAAAGUAAUAAUAAAAUAUUUUAAAAAUUGAAACUGAAAAACAAAAUGUAUAAUCUUAAAAAUUUCCUUAAAAUUAAUAACAAUAAAACAAUUUCAAUCUUAAAGAUGAUAAGCCAAAAUAAUAAGCAUUUCCUAAAAAUGAUGAACAGAUGGCAAAUUUAUAUUUAAACUAAAAUAAUUCUUAAAAUUGCUAAAUUAAAGAUUUUAAAGAGGAUAUAACCAAUAAAAUUUCCCUAUAAUGUUUUCCGAAUUAAAAUCCAUAGAUAUGA